GCGGUACUCUUUUGGACACAGUGAAAGCCACCGAAACAAUUCUAGCAAAGCCGCAUUGCUGUUCACGUUCACACCGAGCCCUUGAUCGACAAGAUCAUUCGGUUUGUCCACAACCAAGCUAACGAGAAAGAUAGUGAGACAAAGACAACCAUGUUCCUUGUAGAUUGGUGGUACAGUGCUCUUGCGAGCUUAGGCUUGUAUCACAAGAAUGCCAAGAUUUUGUUUUUGGGUCUUGACAAUGCUGGGAAAACCACACUGUUGCACAUGCUGAAAGAGAAUCGAGUGCAAGUGCACGUCCCCACGUUGCAUCCAAACACGGACGAAUUGAUUAUUGGUAACAUCAAAUUCAAGACAUUUGAUCUAGGUGGUCACGAAACCGCACGUCGUUUGUGGCAGGAUUAUUUUACGACGGUCGAUGGCGUCGUCUAUCUCGUCGAUUCCAUUGAUCGGGGUCGUUUCCCCGAAGCCAAGAAGGAACUCGAUGCUCUGUUGACCAGUGAAGAAUUGCAGGAUGUCCCAUUCCUCGUUCUAGGCAACAAGAUUGACAUGCCCACUGCCGCUAGCGAAGAAGAACUAAAGUACGCCUUGGGAUUGAUGGAUACCUAUGGAAAAGAUAAGGGACCUGAUGCCAACAGUGGAGUGCGCCCCAUCGAAUUGUACAUGUGUUCCGUCAUUCGAAGAAUGGGGUAUGCUGAUGGCUUCAAGUGGCUUUCACAGUUCCUCACCUAGACAACAGCAAUCCAUCCAUCCAACAAAUAUCUACAAAAACAAUCACCAAAAUCACAAGUCUGUUUGUGGAUGAUGAGUGUGGUGUGGUGUGCAUACUGGUGAGAUGAGUAUAGUAUCAAAUGAUGGAGAAAAAAUAACAUGACAAACUUCCUUACCUUCCGAUGGUAUUGCAAUGAAUGAAUGAGCGAGUAUGAAAAAUAAAAAUGACAAUCACUCAGCAAAUCGUAUUUUGGUUGUGGAGUGAUGAGGGUGUGUAAGCUUUUUUUAUCUUAUAGACAUUCGAAAAAGUUUUCCU